CCGUACUAAUGACCCCUUUUGUUUAAUUGCGAAAACAGAUUCAUGGUAGAUGAAACUCCAAUCAGAGUCCACAAGAAUCUUGAAGAUAAAGGUAUCCCAUUUGCUAAAGACCAAGCAAUGGGAGUAUACAGCUCGAUUUGGAAUGCAGAUGAUUGGGCUACUCAAGGAGGACUUGUCAAAACUGAUUGGAGUCACGCUCCUUUCGUUGCUUCUUACAAAGAAUUCCAAAUCGAUGCUUGUGAGAUUCCGAUGACUUCUGAUCUAAGCAAGUGUAACGGAGACCAGAAGUUUUGGUGGGAUGAGCCAACUGUGUCUGAGCUAAGCCUUCAUCAGAAUCAUCAGCUUAUUUGGGUUCGAGCUAAUCAUAUGAUUUAUGAUUAUUGUUAUGAUGCUACUAGGUUUCCUGUUACUCCUCUUGAGUGCCAACACCAUCGUCAUUUGUAGUUUAGUCUAGUAAGAAAUUUGGAUCAAGAGAACGAACAUGUUGUGGCUCUUUGAUGAUUCUGUUGUUAUGUAUAAAUAAUCAAUUUUCUAUUGAUUUCGAUGAAUCUUUAAUUU